AACGUUGUUCCACAACCCAAAAAACUUGGGUUGAAGAUGUCUCACCUCGCUACAAGCUUUCAUCGACGGAAAGCAUGUCUCAUCACCAGAUCUCUUGAACACCUAUAUUCCUAGACGGGGACGCUUCUUCGCUACAAUGUCCUACGAUCCUCAUGAAGCCCAGCGCAUCGGCUACGCAAACGCAGCGUUGUCUAUCGUCAUCUUGGCCAUUAGGCUACUCACUUCUCGAUGGCGCCGCGAACCUAUCGACCGCAGUUUCUUUCUCGUCUUGCUGUCAAUGCUGGUGAUCAUUGGUAGGGUCAUCUGCAAUAACUUUUAUCUGAAUUUUGGAACCGCGAACGACGCUCUCCAUAAUACACUAUACACCGGCCACUACGACGCGCAUCGCCUAAAAAUAGGCAGUAUAUUAGUCCUCGUCGCUAGGGUCCUGCUCACAGCCGCUCUUUGGCUUCAAAUAAGCCUUUUGCUACUUUUCUACUCGCGAAUCACGUCCGGUAUCACUUGGGCCGGUCGUCUUACCAGUGUAGCUUGGGCUACUACUGGCCUCACAUUCAUCGCCAUUGUACUAGCGACGUUCCUCGAAUGCCGUCCCAUAAACUUGUACUGGCAGGUUGACCCAGACCCGGGAUAUUGUGUGCGAGCUUACGUUCAAUUGCUGCUUCAGACCAUCGCCAACAUGGUCCUCGAUUUACUACUGCUCGCCAUCGCAUACCCAUUGAUUUGCCUAAGGAAGCGGACUGUGUCAGAAUACAUCUCUUUGUAUACGCUAUUCGCAUUAGGUACCUUUUGCAUCGUUGUCACCGUGUUGCGGGGUGUAUUGAUUUUCAACGAAGACUCUUCCCAAACGACCCGCAGUGUCUGGGCAUCGGUGCAGAUCUUGGUCUCAUGUUUUGUCGCCAACGCGCCCACCAUCUACGGAUCUGUCCGAGUCGCGCGGCGGAGGAGAUCUGGACAGAGAAGCACCCCCAGACAAAAUACUGCUUCUAGCGAACCUCUGAGUCGGGCAACUCGCACCCAAAGAGAGUCUUGGAUGAAGAUAGAUGAGGAAAUCGCCCUUACGUCGCCCACGCCAGAAGCUCAAGAUGGUCCCGCCCAUCCCCAUGCCGCAUUGACGCCGCAUCACGAUCGAAUAUCCACCAUAUCCACUUCUUAUUCGUCAACUCUUAAUUCGUAUCCUGGUUGAUGAACGAUAUCAGAUCUCAUGGCAACUCGUGAUAUAAACAGCACCAGAUGUGCUACUAUAAGAUAUACCUACCUCAUACAUCCUCCAGCUCGAAUAGGACAGUCUGACAUUACAGAACGCAUUCAUAUAAUUAUCUCGCCCAUUCAGAAUAUGCGCGACGCAACAUCGACAGAUCUUGACUGCCCAGUAGUCAGCAUAAAACGCGGUGUUCUAACUUACCCAUGCUUAACAGCGAUUUAUCAAAGCCAACAGCUCCCUAUAUAAAGAUACAUCGGUACUCUUUACAGGAUCAUAUACCUACCAGGUG